AUAAUUAACAGUGAUGGCCCUUACAUGGGCUUGGUUGUUCCCAACACUUUUGAAAUGGAGCCCCUACUACAACACCCAAAUUUUAUAGUCAAUGAAAACGUUUCCUACGUAGAUCUUUCUGGAAGGAGAUUCCAUGUAGGAGCUAUUGCAGAUCAGAAGGUCAUUGUCGUCAUGACAGGGAUGGGAAUGAUGAAUGCAGCAAUAACCACCCAGCUUCUCUUUAGUUUCUUCAACAUAAAUGGAGUUGUGCACUAUGGAAUUGCUGGAAAUGGAAACUCUGACCAUCAUAUUGGUGAUGUUACUAUUCCACUGCAAUGGGCUCAUACUGGCCUAUGGAAUUGGCAGAGAUAUGGACAAGGAGAGGACGAUGAACUUCCCUUGGAAUCCAAUGGAGACUACACUCGUGAUAUUGGGUAUAUUCAUUUUGCCAACUACAGUACAGAAGAAGGCAUUGAUAAUCUUUUAAAUAAUGUUUGGUACAACCCAGACGAGAUUUUCCCUGAGAGUGGCACUCCAGAAGUUAGAGAACACGCGUUUUGGGUCAAUGUAUCCGAAACAUAUUAUAACCUUGCAGACCAGCUAGAGAAUAUAACAUUAGAGUCCUGCAUCAACUCUACAACCUGCUUGUCAACCACACCAAAGAUUGUGAAAGUGGAGAGAGGAUGCAGUGCCAGCAUUUUUGUUGAUAAUGCUGCUUACAGAAACUUUCUUCAUGAAAAAUUCGAUUGCACUCCCAUCGAUAUGGAGAGUGCAGCUGUAGCACUGGUUAGCCUGAGUAUGGGGAAGCCAUUUAUAAUAAUCAGAUCCCUCUCUGAUCUGGCAGGUGGAUCAAGUACAGAAAAUGAAGCUACUAUUUUCCUCAACUUGGCAAGCAAAAAUGCUGUGAUUGUUGUCACUGAAUUCUUCAAUCUGCUUUUAUCCUUAGCUGAUAAACCCACAAAUGGUUUAGGAGUAUAUAAUAUGUGA